UUUAUUUCAAGCGACAUAAGCUAUUAAUUUAUCAUCUACCUUUGAUUCAAAUAAGACGGUUCGAUCUUUAAUUAGUUACAAAAUAUUUAAUGGUAAAUUUAAUUUCAAUCAAGUUUGGACAUUAUUUAGAACAUUAGUUUUCCUAAGAGCCUUUAUUAUUGUAGGGACAGAGGGGUUUGUUUAUAUUAUCUGAAAGAUCAAUCAAAAUUAUUUCAAUGUUAUCGUUGAACAGGCUCAUUCUGAAAGAGUAUUUCGUUUAAAUAUUAUAAUUUGAGAAAUUUCAUUUGAGUUGAAAGUAUACUUUUGAAGUAAGAAUAAAAUAUUUAAAAAGUUGAAAAAGCAAGAAAUAGGAUCGAUUUAAAAUUGCUCACAAAGACGGUAGUAUUCUGAGCAUUGAAAAUGGCAAACUUCUGUUCAACGUCGACAGUCAAACUGAUCGGUGACGGUUUGCAAGUUUUGAAUUCGUCCGGUUUCAUGAGUCAUUGGUUCCGAUCCCAAAAUCAAUCAGACGGUUCGGAGAAAAGAAAUAACUCAGCCAAGCGAUUGUCAAGGAAACCAACCGUCUACGACGAGCUCGAGGAGCAUAUAUAUGGCGUUAUGCAAGUUGUGAAACCCGCACUCGAGCUUAAAGAGCUUUUGGAGAUAGGUACACGAGGUCCUACAAGCUCUUCCAUUUCAGGCAGCAAAUCGGCCGAAAAAUCCUCCCGUUAUCAAGACCGUCAGUACUCGCCGGAUGAAAAAUUUCGUUAUUUUACUCCUCAAAAGGGCAGUUAUGGUUCGGGUCCGUCAAACUAUUUGGACGCCAGCCAAAGAAAUUCUAGCCCAAUCGAGAAAAAACCAUUGAAUAUGCACUCGCACAGCCGUAAAAAACUUGACCGUGAAUUUGAACAAGAAGUCUACCCAAGUAAUAAUCAUAAAUAUCCAAAUGAUUCUUCAUGCAGCAGCGACGAAGACAUAUUUUGUUAUAACUGUAAAACUGCCAAAGCCUUGGUGCAACUGCCCUGUAAGCAGUACCUAUGCAUAAGGUGCAACGCCAAAAUUCAGCACCACGCUGAAUGUAAGCAAUGUCAAAAAUUGCUAUCCUACGAAAUGCCAGGAAAACCAAAAAAGAUCCAGGGCAUGUGUAUUUGGCAGCCGAGGCUGAUAAACACUUGCGCUCGAGGUUUCUUUAUCCCGGUCCAAGCCGAUAUAACCAUGCCUAGAAAAGCGAAAAAGCAAAAAUUGGCAGAUCCUAUCGAUUUUAUUGAUCUAACUCAAGAUUCUCCGUGUAGAAUUAAUUCAACUGUAAGAAUCUCCAACAGGGACAGUACUGAAACUCUUAGUAAUGACGAUGUGAUAAUGGUGGUUGAUGACACGGCAAAUGCAACUUGCAGAAAUCCUUUCUAUUCUAAAACUAAAAACUCUGGUCUGGAGAAGACAAUUUGCCUCACGGAUUCAUUAUCAGACCUCAGUUCUGAUAACGAGCUAAAGGCAUCCACCGAUGUUGAUAGCAAUAAACAACAUCUCACCUGCCCUGUUUGUUUAGAAGAUCUUACUAAUGAGAACAUAAAAACAAUGUCUACGCCUUGUGGACAUGUUUAUUGUAUGGAAUGUUUAAAAGCUGUAACAGAGACAAACAAAAAAUGCUCACUUUGCCAGAGAAAAAUAACAUUCUCCAAAUGUAUUAGGCUUCAUAUUUAAAAUUCUAAAAAUUAUAUUAAAUACAUUCAAUAGGUUAUUUUAUAUACAUUUGAACUUUUAAACAUAUGAAAAAUUUUGAUGUAAAAAUGAAAUUUGUGUACUCUGUGAAAAAUGAAAAUGAUAAAUUCAGUGUACUAUUUAUGUUAUUGUUUGUAAGGUGACAUUUCUAAAAAUUUAUUUAAAUCCAGAUGGUUUUCUUGUUGAAACUAAUAUAAAUUGAUUAUUCAAAAAUUUUUGAAAUAGCUCAUACUUUGUAGGAAUAUAAAUAUUAUUUUUGUAAUAAAAAACUUGUUUUCCAAAAAAAUAUUUUCAGAGGCUUGUAUUGUAGAAAUCCAUAAAAGUUACUUUUAAUUUAAUAAACACUAACAAAGACAGUUUUAUUUUAAAGUUACUUUUAAAGUAUUAUUAUCAUACAAUAAUAAUAUAUGAGCCAGCAUUAUAUAUUGUGAUAUGCAUUGGAAAAUAGGGGCACAAAUCGACAAUUAUUUUAGCAUUUA